CGAUCGAGAGAAGCGGGGCGAUCUCAGAAUUCAGAUCUUUAGCACAGAUCAAGCCUCGAUCGAUCGCGGAGACCGGAUCUCGACCAGGCGUGCUAUUGCGCGUUGUGUCGCGUGUCGCGUCGCGGGUCGCGGCAUCAUGGACGCGGGCGGUGCGCGUGUCAGGGGGAUGCGAUCGAGAUUCACUCGCGCGGACCUUGCGCCACGCUGCUGAAGUUGAAACAACACGGUCGGAGAGCGCGGAUAUAUACGUUCCGGACGCCCGACGCCCGAGGGGUAUGCCUGGCGCGACGAGAUGAUACCCCGUUACGGACGCGACACGCCGGAACACUCCUCGGGACUCGGGAUAGAGUAGACUGAGUAGAGGAUCGCGCGUCACGCGUGAGAAACGCGCGCGCUCCGGCGAUCGGGAGCGAGAUGAGCAAGAUGUCCUGGUUCGGAUGGUCGGCGGACAUCAAGAAGCGGGCGUGCAGGUACCUGCUGCAGCGUUACCUCGGCCAAUUCUCCGAGGAGCUCACGCUGGAUCAGUUGACCGUCGAUCUGUACAAUGGCACGGGACGGGUCGUCAACGUCAGCCUCGACGUGCAGGCGCUCAACGAGAUGGGGGAGCAACAACAUCUCCCGCUGGACUUCGUCGACGGUUUUAUAAUGGAGAUAUCUAUUAGUAUACCGUGGUCGGCGUUACUUAGUCAAGCGAGUUACGUGGAAGUCAAGGGUCUCAGACUCACGGUACAACCGCGACAAAGAAUCGAAACUGGGACAUCGAUGUUCGAGUCUAUGUGGAGCUCAAUGACGUCCAGUAUGCAACUCGCUCAGGAGUGUCUGCAACAAGACGCGGCCAAUGUGGGAAAUGCUCAGCCCUUAGAGGCGGUGGAACUGUUUGCGCAGACUAUAGAUUCAAUCUUGUCUCGGGUCAAAGUGAGAUUUAUCGAUACUGUGAUACGUUUGGAACACGUACCGUUGAAUUCUUCCACGGGAGUAGCGAUCGAAGUGUCGAUACAAAAUCUUGAAUAUUCUGACGAAGCUGGAUUAGAUCCCAGUAAUACGUCUCUAGAUCCCGACGAAUGUGCGAAGGGUUACAUUAUUUCGGCGUUCUCCACUAAGCGAUUUUACAUGGAGGGAGUGACUUUUCAUACCGACGAAUUUCCCUCGCGCGCAAGAACGUUUUCUAGAAGUAUGUUGGCUAGCACGUGCUCUACUCCCGAUUCUAAGAACUCGGACAGUCUGUUUAUCUCCGCACAAAUGUCUCCUACGCAGAGCAUUAUGCAUACUCCUCCAGAAGGAAAUGCUGUUAACAACUCGAACGAAUCAAAUCCCAUCAUGUUUGCUAAGCUGGCAGGUAGACAAGAAGUGAGAUUAAAAAUGAAACAAGGCGAAGGAAUAUCGGGACCAAAGGUAGAACUGGAAAUUACUCUGGGAGCACUUACUUUGUUCCUGAGUCCUAGGCAGCUUCAUGUCUUAUUAGAAUUAGUGCAUGGCCUAGCAUCUCCAGAUCUAGAAGACGUUAGUAAUGUUGUUCCGAGAAGAUAUGUGGAAAAACCUAUGGCUAGCAGUGAUUUUAAUCGUAUAGAACGCGAGCUUAUCCAUCAAACACAUCCUAUGCAAGAUUUGAAGACUACGGAUUUACGAUAUGCUCAAGGAUGGUCUACUGGAUCUGUGGACGAAUCUGACAACGAGGAUGAAUUCCUACCAAUGAAAUUGCCGGGAUCUUCGUCGAUGUGUGAUUCGAUCACGAGCAAUAAUUUCAGUAUGGAGGGCAGCAUAUCGACCAGCAGCAUUAGUUCGAAAAGUUCGGCAACGAAUUUGCCGAGACAUAAUAGACACAGACAUAACAUAGACAACGACACGUCCGCUGAGACUACCCAGUUUCACAUAAGGGUGUCUUCCGUCGCUCUAAUUCUGUUGCACGAAGAUAUACUAACGCCAUGCGUGGAACAACUCGGUCUAACUUCUAGCAGUGUAAGACAGAUGAGAAACGCAGCGAAGGAAUUUUUCAGGCACGUAGGAACGUUUGCUAUGGGUGGCUAUGGAAGUAAAGAUUUUGAUACAGCGUCAAAAUCACUUACAGAGGCUUGUCGACUUAGUCAUAUUAGAUUACUAGCUGCGCCAUUAGUGGUCGAGGGCAGUGAAAAGACAACUAAUCAAUACUCUGCGAUAUCAGGAAGCUUGACUUUAGCUAGUUUGGAAGUUGUAGAAUGUUUGGUUGACUCCAACAACCCUAGCUCGUAUAGAACACCAUCGAUGGAAUUCAUCGAGCUAUUAGCGUUCACGAAAGAGAACACAACUAAUAUUGGGUUUUCCAACAAAACUGAUUUUAGGAUGAGAUUUAAAUAUACCCAAAAGGCUGUUCGACAUACUCACAUGACGAAAUUUGCACAUCCACGCACAGAGUUUGACAUUCAAAUGGAACCCUGCAGAGGCGAAGUAGACAUUACUAUUGUAGAUAGAAUAUCUGCUAUUCUUAAUCCACAGCCAAUAUGUACUUGCAAUCCUGUAAUAAAUGCUAGAGAUGCUAAUCAACAGACAUUAUUUGAUCAAGCUGUGGACAGUGCAACACUGCCAGAUUCUAGAGUAGACGUCAAAAUCUCUUCGUCGUCAUGUACGAUCAAACUGAGAUUUCCUGUACCAGAUUUAAGACCACUACACGAUAUGAGUCGUGCGCCGUGGUGGAAAAGAUCUGUGAGAUCUGACUAUAUGAUAGUACAGAUGACAGAUGCACAAGUUCACUCUACUAUGGAUAGCCGAUCUCAUUAUAUAGCUAGGCACGAACUGCAAUGUCGGCGGCUAUCGUUGUUGUACAUAGAAACCGAGGGCGAUGCGCCAAUCGAAAUCGGUUUAGCUACAGCUGACGAGAAGAAUGAUACUGCGACGUAUCAGCAAGUCAACGAUGAUCUUGGUUGGGCGAGAGUAGUGGUCAUUGUGUAUCCAGAACGUCUCGGUGGUCCAUUGGAGGAUAGUUCUGAAGAAGAAGUAGAGAACGAUAAACGGAUUUUAGAUGAUACCUUGGAGAAAACUCCGAAACAUGCGCCUUCCCCGUUCACCUCUAGACGAAUCAUGCGCGAAUCCGACACGCUCCACUCGAAAUCUCACGAACACGGUCAGAAAAACGAACAAAGCGACGGUGAAGAACUAAUUAUACCUGGAAAUCGACAAGAAAUGUUGGAAUUUAUCGAAGAAGGCAUACACGGUUCUAGACUACAGCUGGAAAUCAAUUUACCUUGUGCUUCCGUCCAGAUACCGUCUAAACGCAUUUAUGAACAGCUCUACAAUCGAUUCAAUACCGAUUUGUUCCUAUGGGAGCCGUCGGCACCCAGGCCCAAAUACACCACUCAUCUGGAAAAUCACAUUGGCCUCGACCUAGCAUCUACUCUCUUACAGGAAUCCACUUAUCCUAAAUUCAGCAUGUGCAAAAGUGGGAUCCAGUAUAAUUCCGACUCCGACUCAGACGAGGGAGGUAUAUUCCAUUCUACAACGAACGAGAAGAGUCACAAAGAGGCACAAAGAAUGUCAUCGAAAAAAGCACAGAGCAAGUUGGCAAUGACUCUAAGCAUCAAUCAGGGUCUUCUGUCUAUGUACACUCCCGUGCGCGAUUCUUUGCGCAACGUUAUACCCGGGCAACAAGGAGAAUUAAUCAUACGACUAGAGGAUGCUACGAUAUUUUCCGUGACGGCAUACAAGGGGAAUGCUAAUCUGAGCUACGCUUGCGCUAUGAUGAGGAGCGUAUCGCUGGAUCACUGCGGUUUGACGACAAGCCCGUCGCGGACACCGCCAUUGAGAUGUAUCAAUAGCGUUAGGCCACGAUAUUGCGAGAGAACGAUAUAUCGUAGCGGAUCCGGUAGCAAUAUAACAGCGAAUCCUAACGACAAGGACAUGGUGACAGUCGCGGUGAGGAUACAAGCGGCCCAUCAGACGCAUCGUAUAAAGACUUUCCGGGUUGCGAUAGGUAUAAGCAAUGCUACAUUAAGGCACCGAAUGUGUUCCGCCGCUACUUCGUGGUUCACAGAAUUGAUGGAUUGUCUGGAUGUAGCGGAUCAUCCUGUCGCCGGUUAUUCACCGCCGGGUGUUCUGACUGAGCUGCAUCUGCACUUGUGGGAUUGCGCGAUCGACUAUAGACCGCUUCACCUGCCGCUAAGGUCUGUUGUGACCCUCGGUAAUUUCAGCGUGUCGAGCAACAUUACGGCGCAGACUAAUACGUCAACAUUGCGUUUUAUCGCGGAGGAUGUCGCGCUCUUCAUAUCGGACAAGCUGCGCGAAAAGUCGGUGGAUCUAAAACGGAAUUACGUGUGCGUGAUGAAUUUCGGCCUGUUCGAGUUGUCGCUACGCCUGAACGAGAGGAUGUACGGCGGUGUGCCGCGAGUCGAUCUCCGGGCGAGCAACAAUGUGUUGCACGUACGCACAUGCUCGGACUCGGGUCGCGCUCUCAUGCAACUACUGACUUACAUCGCCAACGAUGGCGAUUUGCAACAGCCGAAUAGCGUGAUAAACAGCAGCAGCACCGAGAGUAUUCCCACUGUGCCACCAACGUCUACGAGAUACGAGGAAAAUCUUCUGGGCGUCGAGAGCAUCAACACUCUUAGCAGGAGUCAAGUUGAGCGAGUCUAUAGUUUAAUGGAGGAUGCGUUGGAGGAGACUGUGAAGGGAACGACAACUCAGAGUGGCAACGAAAGCGAGAAGAUACCAAUGACAGAAAAUCGGGUUGAAUUUUUCUUUCCUGAUGAUUCCUGUGCCGCUACGCGAGAGGCAGAGACGCAAAAGAGUUCGCAAGAAUGCGGUAAAACGAUCGCAUGCGGUGUAGAAGAUGACGACGACGACGAUGAAUUUUGCAUCUUGGGAGAGGAAGCUGGUACAGGAAUAAUACCGCGCUAUGGAGUACCUGAGGUUCGGUCGCUGUGCCAAGAACCAUUAAGAAUAGUGGAUAAUCACUUUUCCGUGCCGGUCGGCAAAACCGAUCUAUUGCAGACUCCACCAAACUAUCCUGCACCUGUAUUGAAAUACACCCUCUGCGAGAUGACAUUGAUAUGGCAUAUGUACGGUGGCAAUGAUUUCGAUGGUUCUCAACCGCAGUCUGCUAAGCACGUGACCAUCAAUGACAACGUUCGCAGUAAUAUGACGCAUGGAAGAAGUAGAUCGGCUAUAGGUGCUGUAGGUUUCAACAAGUCUAGUCCGAACGAGGUGCACUUUGGCAGCGUGCCGAAUUCGCCGCGUGCAACGAGAAGCAACGACGCGUUGAUCGAUUGGCACACACUAAGUGGCCCGGGUCGACGGCACGACGUGCUAAUGGAACUGCAAUUGAGCAAGGUUCGCUUCCAGCACGAGGUCUAUCCGGAGAACACCCGGGAAGCGUCCAGGCAGGUGCUACUGGUGCACGAGAUUGAAGUAAGAGAUAGACUGGCAUCGUCGCACAUAAACAAAUUCCUUUAUCAAUACAGCAGCGAAGCGAGGCCAAGGCAGUCUCACUCUAUUAUGUUUACCAUGAAGGCAGUUCACGUAAGGCCGGAUCCCAGAUUAAGUGCCCAAGAAUGUUGUUUGAAACUUAGUCUACUGCCACUGCGACUGAACAUAGACCAAGAUAGCCUACUGUUCUUAAUACAAUUUUUUAACGAACUAGGCGGUGGAUCGAAGCGAAGCCAAGAAAGCUCUAGCACACCUAAUAGCUCGCAAUCCACCCCCGUAUCGAAACAAGGAACACCCACGCAUCAUCCGCCCAUUAUGAGCGUGAAUGAUGAUGCGUUGACGAAUGACACGAUGAUGAAUAUGUCGCAGAAUAAUAUCAUUGAUCAGAAUCUGUUGAUACUCUUGGAAGACGAGCUGACAUUCAGGGAGAACAAGACUAAAACAAAGACUGUCCACCAGGUCCACGAUGAUAGUCAACCGAUAUACUUUAGAAACAUUGUAUUCGGCCCAGAAGUUCUCAUCAGACUGGAUUAUCAUGGGAAACGCGUGGAUUUCACUCAUGGACCGUUGGCGGGCCUGCUAAUGGGCUUGGCGGAACUAAAUUGCUCUGAAUUAAGACUGAAGAGAAUGUCGUACAGGCACGGAUUAUUGGGUUAUGACAAACUUUUUACAUAUCUAGUUUCGGAAUGGUUGCAGGAUAUCAAGAAGAAUCAACUCCCAAGUUUACUUGGUGGCGUGGGACCGAUGUACUCUGUAGUACAGCUGUUUCAAGGGAUACGUGAUCUAUUUUGGUUACCAAUCGAACAGUAUCAGAGAGACGGGAGAAUUGUCCGUGGAUUACAACGCGGAGCAAAUAGUUUUACAACGUGUACCGCAAUGGCUGCGUUAGAAUUGACGUGUAGGAUCGUGCAGGCAUUACAGACCACGGCCGAGACUGCGUACGACAUAGUUAGUCCUGGCCCCAGUGUGAGAUGCAAGAUCAGAGGACAGAAGGGUCGUCGAAAAAGAUAUAAUCAGCCACUGGAUAUUCGAGAGGGGGUGGCUAAUGCUUACACAUUAGUUAAAGAGGGCUUAGGCGAGACUGCGACUCAACUGGUUCGCGUGGCUAGUGAAGAACACGAGCACAAGGGCACGGUCGGUGCGGUCGGUGGUGUACUGCGACAAAUUCCACCGACAGUCGUGAAACCAAUUAUUCUGGCCACCGAAGCGACCAGCAAUGUAUUGGGUGGUAUGCGAUCAUCGUUAGUACCCGAUGCACGCCGAGAAGCGGUACAAAAGUGGCGGCAAGAUUCCGAUGCGUGUUAAUCCCGUGUUGGCCACAGAAUGGGAAAAUUUACUAAAUCGUUAUCGAAGAAAGAUCAUCACCAUCAGUCACGUUCGCUCAAACAAAUGUUUUUCGAUCGCGGCCGGUCAGGCCGAGCAACUUUUUAUUGUAACAUAUUCAUGACAUAUACACGUACGGAAAGAGAAUGCUAAGUAGAAUAAGAGUGCCAUAAACGUUCGCGUCACGUUUGGCGACAUUGUGAUUAUAGCACGUAUUCUCACGAGAUCUGUGCGCGUAGGCCUCGAAGGAUCGGCAACGAGCGCGAGGAAAACGACGGACCUAGACAUAUGUGGAUCGUCGACAAGAAACGAGAGAGAAGUCGCCGUUGGGUCCUACGUAUGAGUGUAAUGUUGGACGUAGUCAGAUCAGUUCCAUUGAUUCUUUUUGUACAUUAUACGAAGAGUGCGCGACGCGUCUGACAGACAUCUAAUGAUAAAUCACUUAGUUAAGUGUUGCCGCUACGUUCGUUACAAAUGUACAAAAUACUUGUUACACCUAUGGAAUGUAAAGAUAGCUGCGCUCUAUCGCGAAGGAAUAUAUUACACUCGGCUACUAUAUUCCUUCUCUAUACAUAUAUUUUUUGUUUUGAAAAUCAUGUGAAUGUUUUAUACCAAUGAUAUGUGUAUUACAAGAUUUUUAUUAAUAAAAUUAUACACAACAAGAGAA